UAUAUAUAGACAAAAAAAUGAGACAGAGAUAGUUUGCUCCUGAGCGUUUCGCUGUCAUCACAGGAGAGCAUGAAGCUUGUUAUCUUGGUCACUCUGUUUGGGCUCAGCCUCGCCCAGCACAACCCCCAUAUCAAGCAUGGCAGGACAAGCAUUGUUCACCUGUUUGAGUGGCGCUGGGCCGAUAUCGCUGCAGAGUGCGAGCGCUUCUUGGGUCCCAAUGGCUUUGGCGGCGUUCAGAUCUCACCUCCCAAUGAACAUAUUGUGUUGGGAAGUCCUUGGAGGCCCUGGUGGCAGAGAUAUCAACCAAUCAGCUACAACUUGUGCUCCAGAUCUGGCAGUGAGGUCGAACUACGAGACAUGAUUACCAGAUGCAACAAUGUUGGGGUUAACAUCUAUGUGGACGCAGUCAUUAACCACAUGUGUAGUUCUGGAGGUGGAGAGGGAAAUCACUCUUCAUGCGGGAGCUGGUUCAGCGCCAACAAUAAGGACUUCCCCAGUGUGCCGUUUUCCAGUUGGGACUUCAAUGACAACAAAUGCUCUACUGGCAGUGGCAAUAUUGAGAACUAUGGGGACCCCAACCAGGUGCGAGACUGUCGUCUAGUUGGUCUGCUGGACCUCGCCCUUGAGAAAGAUUAUGUUAGAGGCAAGGUGGCUGAUUACAUGAACAAUCUGAUCAACAUGGGCGUGGCUGGAUUCAGAGUGGAUGCCUGUAAGCACAUGUGGCCAGGUGAUCUGGAUAAUGUUUACCGUCGUCUUAACAACCUGAAUACCAAGUGGUUCACAAGUGGCUCAAGACCGUUCAUUUUCCAGGAGGUGAUUGAUCUGGGAGGUGAGCCCAUCACGUCUAAAGAAUAUUACCAUCUGGGAAGAGUGACUGAAUUCAAAUAUGGUGCCAAACUGGGAACGAUCUUCAGGAAAUGGAAUGGUGAAAAGCUUAGUUAUACCAAGAACUGGGGAGAGGGAUGGGGCUUUAUGCCUGAUGGAAAUGCUCUUGUUUUUAUUGACAAUCAUGACAAUCAGAGAGGUCAUGGUGCUGGUGGUGCAUCCAUCAUUUCCUUCUGGGACGCCAGACUCCACAAGAUGGCUGUUGGCUACAUGUUGGCUCAUCCUUAUGGACAAACCAGGGUCAUGUCUAGCUAUAAGUGGGACCGUAACUUUGUGGAUGGAAAAGAUCAGAAUGACUGGAUUGGUCCUCCCAGCAACAGUGAUGGAUCCACUAAGCCUGUUCCCAUCAACCCUGAUCAGACUUGUGGAGAUGGAUGGGUAUGUGAGCACAGAUGGCGUCAGAUCAAGAACAUGGUCACUUUCCGUAAUGUGGUGAAUGGGCAGCCUCAAGCUAACUGGUGGGACAAUCAGAGCAACCAGGUUGCUUUUGGCCGAGGUAAUCGGGGUUUCAUCGUCUUUAACAACGAUGACUGGGACCUGGAUGUGACCCUGAACACGGGCAUGCCUGCUGGAACCUACUGUGAUGUCAUUUCUGGACAGAAGGAAGGAGGCGGCUGCACCGGGAAGAAAAUACAAGUUGGAAGUGAUGGCCGUGCCCACUUCAGCAUCAGUAACAGGGAGGAAGACCCCUUUGUUGCUAUUCAUGCUGAAUCCAAGCUUUAAACUGUAAACUCAAAAUAAAGUAGUGCAUGAAUCAC